GAUGGUAGUCUAAUGUAUGGCUACAUAAAUUACUCCAAUAUAUUCUUAAAUUAAUGAAUGAAUAAAUAAAUUUGUCACUUUGACCAUUAGUUACCAGUCUACCCCAAACUGUGAUAACAGUCAAGGGAUUCUGAAAAUUGUUGCCUGUAAAGAUAAACCCAAAGUAGGCUAAGUAGGCAUACAAACCUUUUUUUCCAUCGUGAUAAGGUGCGACGAGGAAUAUUUUCUUUCAGCCAUUCAUUUUUUUCGCAGUGUUUUCUUUAACAUAAUUAAAAACACAGUGAAUAAUGCGAUUCAGGAUACUAGCGACGCUGCGCGCUCAAUCAUGCUCCCCGCCUCUCGCGAAACACCGUGAGAUCUCCAUCUUCCAAUGAGACAGCUGCGACGUUCGAAUCGAAACAGAAGUUGUGGAGUCAGGAGAGGCCGGAGAGGCAGCAAGGAGUGAGCGAGAACGUACAUCACUUUUAUAAUGGAAGAAACAAUAGUGGCAGAAACACCAGCCAGGAAGUUUGCUGUGGUACAGUGGUCAGAAGGAGAUGACAAGGGCAAGUUAAGUGAUGUCAAAACUGAUGCCAUCAUUGGCUAUGAUGACACAAAAAUGGGCUCUGAUGGGCUUCCUUUAAGCCUGUAUCUGGCUUCAGUUGAGUGGCGACGUGGGAAGAGGCCACAAGGAGGUUAUCCUCAUUAUGCAGCUAAUGUGAAGUUUGUGACUGGUUCUCGUUAUGAGGCCACACGAAAAUUGAAUGAGCUAACAAAAAGCAAUAAGCCAGCCCCACAAACAAAGAGGAUCUCUGUGCCCCCCAAGAAGUAUGGGGAAGAAUCAGAUGACACAGACACGGAAGUUCCUCAACAAACAGAUACGCCCACCUCCAGCCCCUCAUCUACUGUUUCAACACAGUCUAGUUCACCUUCAGCCAGCUCCCAGUCAUCAAAGAUGGCAAUUGAUGCUGGGAGUGGAGACAUGGAUACAACUAGUUCUUCACCAUCAAAGGUUGAGAUCUUCAAAGGCAGUGGUGUCAUGGUGGAUAAGCUUGCAUGGGCUUACGCAGUUAAGGCAAAUUCAUGUACAACAUUUGUAAGACAACUGCUUACAGCUGUAUUCCCCCCUGAAGUGCUUCUAGUCAGUAAUCUUCGGGGAACCAACAAGGGGAAGGGAGAGGCUCGUCUCCCCCUUGAGAAGACCAAAGUUGAUGCCAUCUACAAUGCAACUCUGGAGAGAUGGCCGGGUACCCCUCUGUCCCUGAUAGGGAGCAGCAUCAAUGGGAAGAUAACAGAGAUGCGGAAUAAAGUUAAGCAACAGAAAUGAGAACAUUGAAAUGUACGUUUUGUUCUUAAUAACACAGUUCAGUUCAUAAAUAUUACGUACAGUUAUGGACAGUAUGAAUGAGUUCAUUAUACCACUUAAAAUGGCACUUUAUCUCCUAAAUUGUGGGAAUGGCAGAAAGCUGCAAUGUCUGCCACUGAUGUUGAAAAUAAGUUUUUUUUCAUAACGACAUGCCUAACCAUCAUGUUUUUGAUAGGAUCAGUAAUAGUAGAUACAGUUAGUAGAAGUGCAAGGGAACUAUUUGUCAGUAGAGGUUUCAAAUAAAUUUGGUUAAAAUCCCUGUGUGUAUUGCUCUUUAAUCACACAAUGAUACUCAUACAAAGCAUAUAUUGUACAUAUAUGCAACACAUAUAGGAAACAUCAAUUUGUAAAUAUGUAUUACUCGUAUAUAAUUUCCUUUUAGAUAUCAAAAUCUUAUCAAAACCAUAUAAAAACUUCAUAGUUUCUAUAUACAUUUUAUCUGUCUUACAUUCACAAAUCUAACAGUAAUGGUGGUUUAUCAUAUAGGAACAACACAAUAUUACUCAUGAAAAACAUAUACUUCACAUAUAAGAAGCAUGUAUUAUAUGUCAGACAAACAUAUACAAAAAUUAGUGUGUACAUGUGUAUAACAUAUAUACUUUUUCUUUCUAAUAUCAAAAUCUUAUCAAAACCAUAUGAAGACUGCGUUGUUUUUAUAUACAUUGCAUGUGUGUUACAUGCACAAAUCUGGUUGUAAUGGUGUU